UGUUGAAUUCUAUGGUAUAACACAAGUGAAAUGAUUUGGGAGGGUGAAAUGAAAGAAAAAGAAAGGGCCACUUUGAGUUCCACCAAGCAAUUGCAAAAAGGAGCUGACCCACGGCUCCUGCUCAAGAUUCUGGUACCCAUUAACUGAAGUGCCACUAAAGACAAGAAACACCGACUCUUGUUCCAUUUUUCAAUCCUUAUCUUAGUAACCCCACUUUCCCACUUGUCGACCCCCUCCUUCUGGUUUCUCCUCUUGUUUUUCCCUAUCAGCAACAUAGCAAAUUGCUCUGUUCGAUCAAGGGCAAAAGUAUAUAAGCGCUGUACAGCAUAGUUUUGCAGAUGCAUGGACAGUGGAUUGAAGAGCAGAGAACGGUUACUAGAAAUCCUUCUUCCUUAAUUCCCUCCGAAGGUUCAUUCUUGCUUGCUGAGAUUUGUUGGUAAAUAUGAAAUUACCAAUCUUUAUGCUUUCUUUAGAUUGACUAUGAUGAAUGGAGAUGAAGCUGAGCCAGCAUCUUUGUGUUCGGAUUCUAGCCCUUGCUUGGACACACUUGAAUUUUCCUGCCAGAACCUGACUCAGAAAGAGGGCAAAUGCCCCCAAAUCACUGUCCACACGGUUACGCAAUCUUCCCCUUCCCCCAUACUCUCAUGUGUAGAGAAAGCACCUAAACAUGCUCAUAUUUCACCUAUACCAGCGGCCGGCUCAAACACCAAUCCAUGCAAUCAACCAUCAUCAUCUAACAUCUUGCAAGACAUACAUAUAUCAGAAAGGUUGAUGGAGGAUUUUCUUGAACUUGCAAGGGAAAAUACAGAGAAGGAUCUUGAAACCUGUGGGGUUCUCAGUGCUUUCCUUGAAAUGGGGACAUAUUAUGUGACCACUCUGAUAAUACCCAAACAAAACUCGACUUCCAGUUCUUGUGAGGCUAUAAAAGAGGAAGAGUUUUUUGCCAUACAGAAUGAACGGUCACUUCAUCCUGUGGGAUGGAUUCAUACACAUCCUUCUCAAAGUUGUUUCAUGUCAUCAAUAGAUCUGCACACUCAAUACUCAUAUCAGGUAAUGGUACCAGAAGCUUUUGCCAUUGUCAUGGCUCCAACCGAUACCUCAAGGAGCUAUGGGCUGUUCCGGCUAUCCGACCCAGGUGGAAUGGGUGUUCUGAAAGAAUGUCAAGAAACUGGAUUCCAUCCCCACGGAGAGCCAGCAGACGGAGGCCCGAUUUAUGAGCACUGCUCUAAUGUAUACGCAAAUUCUAAUCUGAGGUUUGAAAUCUUUGAUUUGCGCUGAUCAUGGCUCCAAUUCAUUUUCAACUGCUCGGAUGCCAUGGCGUGACAUGAGCAUAUGCAUAUACCACUUGUAUCAAAUUAGCUAAUCUACAUGUCAGAAUGCUGAUGCUUAAUGGGCUAAUUCAGGGGAUGUUCUUUUGUAAGUAAAUGCUUGUGUAAUUGUAACUAUGGACUGUCACAAUAACAAAGAUUUAAUGCUCCCAUGAUUUGAAAGUGUCA